AUGUGGUUGCGUCUAAGCAAUGGAUAUAUGCCCCUCAAGUCUUCGAUACCUACAGAGAGACGCCCACCAUGGAAACGCAGCGUAAUGAUUAUUACGGUCAUCAACGUCGGUCUACUUAUCGUUUCUCUCUGUCUGCUCGUGGCGUCCUAUGGAUAUUACCACGGUUUGUGGAAGCUGAACGCCCAUCUGAGACGUACUUCCACAUGGAGUCCCGUGUACGAUAUGAUAGACCUGCGACCCCAUGUCAAGACAAUCAAUGGGACACUAUUCCCUCCUCAAGAGCCAUCCAUCGCAAGACAGCCCCCGAACCCAAAAGCUGAUGAGCUAUGGGAAGAGUAUGAACUCCUUCGAGUUAUGCCGGUGAAUAGGAACUCCAUCGUCAAGUUAGGGAAGGACCCAGAAACUGCGGUGAAGCUUGAGGACGAGAUAUGGGGACUGGGCGACGAUGCAUAUGCGGCAGUGUUCGAUGUAUAUCAUCAGAUUCACUGCCUCAACGCCCUGCGUAAGAUCGCAUAUGGCCAGUACUACAAUGUGUCUCAAGGCCGAACGAAUAUCUUCAAAACUCGGGAGAUGCACAUUAACCACUGUGCCGACAUCCUGCUGCAAGCACUAACAUGCAGCGGCAACGUCAAUCUCAUCACACUGCAUUGGGUGGAGACUCAGAAUAACCCAUGGCCAGACAUGAGCGUUGAUCGACAGUGUAUCGACUUCGAUCGACUUACUGAAUUUAGAACGGAGGUCUCGCUGGAUAUGGAUAAGUACAAAUAUGUUAUGAACAAGCCUUUGGGUGUCACACAGCUGCAUAUGCCUGACCAGUACUAUGCGUACUUUGGGAGAGAGAACCCGAAUCAUGUCAACGGUGUAAACCAAGAUGAUGACUUUAUUUUGUGA